AUGAACUUUACAUGUGUGCUCCAAGUAUGCAAGGACAGUUGCGAUGAGACGAACUGUCUAGGCGAGGGAGGGUGGGGAAAAAGGAAAAGGGCCGCAACUCGUGACACGGUGGUAGGGGAGAUAACCGCUACUGGACACAAUCUCAAGGAACACCAGGUCAAGAAGCGACAGGCGGAAGUGCUGGACAUUGACGUUGGCGGGAGGGUGAAAAUUGUCGAGAAAUAUUCCGAUAUACGCGUUGUUACAGAGGAGACUGUCUGCCUACAUGAAGGGAUACUUAUCGCCAUCAUCCUCCUGUUAUCCAUUGGGGUGUUAAGUUUUGCCUCAACUACCUUCGUGUUUUACCGGAAGUUUAUGAAUUCGCAGGCGCAGAACUUUCAAAAUGGCGGCCAUAUCAACCAGGCACCAGAGAAAAAAUUUAGUCAAAACAGAAAUGCAUAUAUUUACAAUCAGUAG